AUGGCAACUCAAAAUUAUCCGGAGAAAGAGGCAUUUUACAAGAAACUUGAGGCCAAAAUAGAAAAAAAACGAAUGGACAACGCACAUUAUUUUGAUCAAGACCAAUACAACAAAUUCAUCCGGGAAACGAAAGAAGCAGCUCUCCGACGCCACGGCACGCGGGACUUCAGGCGGCUCCACCGCUUCAACGUCAUGGAGCUGGACGGAGAGGAGCGGCUCAUCGUCCCAGUCAAGAAAAUUGGGGACCAGCCGCGCUUCUACGCCCGCAUUGACGAACUGUAUGACAUCAUCAAGGAAGCACACAGCGACAUGCACAAAGGAAAAGGGCGAAUCAUCGCGGCAUGCAAGCCGAAGUGGAAGAACAUCACACAGGAGGCCAUCCUUCUCUUCCUCUCCCUGUGUCCCGGCUGCCUGACCAAGGUAAGGGCUCAGAAACGGGGUCUGACUGUCAAGCCGAUGGUUUUCAAGCAAAGCAACGCCCGAGUUCAGGUCGACUUGAUAGACAUGCAAUCUAGCCCGGAUGGUCCUUACAAGUACAUAAUGAAUGUGCAGGACCAUCUUACAAAGUUUACCCACUUGCGACCUUUGGAAAGAAAAACACAAGAAAACGUGGCCAAUGGAUUGCUGGAAAUAUUUCUGUCGUUUGGUGCACCCCAUGUUCUGCAAACAGAUAAUGGGCGAGAAUUCACUAACCAUGUCAUUAAGUCACUAUCUGAGACCUGGCCUGAACUGAAAAUGGUACACGGAGCGCCUAGGCAUUCCCAAAGCCAGGGCUCCGUGGAGAGAUCGAAUCAAGACGUUCAAGUGAUGCUGAACCAGUGGAUGGAGACGAACCAGACUACCCGUUGGGCCCUUGGACUAAACUUCGUGGCGAACCAAAAAAACCGAUCGAUUCAUCAAGGCAUAGGAAGAAGUCCCGCAGAAGCCAUGUUCGGGCGUCCAAUGGAGGUGGGGCUGACAUCGAGAUACCCCAGUGGCCUUGUCCAGCAGCUGGAAACGGAGGAAGAAUUGGAGGAGUUCUUGGCCAACAUUAAAAUUCAUGAUGGAAAGAGACGUACAGGUAUUACUUAA